CGCGCCAGUGGGCGGGGCUGAGAGGAGUGCUCGGCCACGUGACCAGCGCCAACAUGGCGGCGCCCAGCGGCGUCCACCUGCUAGUCGGCCUAGGUUGUCAUAGAAUUUUCUCUGCACCACUCAAUCAUAUCUACUUACACAAGCAGUCAAGCAGUCAACAAAGAAGAAAUUUCUUUUUUCGAAGACAAAGAGAUAUUUCACACAGUAUAGUUGUGCCGGCUGCAGUUUCUCCAGCGCAUCCAGUUCCUAAGCACAUAAAGAAGCCAGACUAUGUGACGACAGGCAUUGUACCCGACUGGGGAGACAGCAUAGAAGUUAAGAAUGAAGAUCAGAUUCAAGGGCUUCAUCAGGCUUGUCAGCUUGCCCGUCAUGUCCUCCUCCUGGCUGGGAAGAGUUUAAAGGUUGACAUGACAACUGAAGAGAUAGAUGCUCUUGUUCAUCAGGAAAUCAUCAGUCAUGACGCCUAUCCCUCACCUCUAGGCUAUGGAGGCUUUCCAAAAUCUGUUUGUACCUCUGUAAACAACGUACUCUGUCAUGGUAUUCCUGACAGUCGACCUAUUCAGGAUGGAGAUAUUAUCAACAUUGAUGUCACGGUCUAUUACAAUGGCUUCCAUGGAGACACCUCUGAAACAUUUUUGGUGGGCAAGGUGGAUGAAUGUGGUAAAAAGUUAGUGGAGGUUGCCAGGAGAUGUAGAGAUGAAGCAAUUGCAGCUUGCAGAGCGGGGGCCCCCUUCUCUGUAAUUGGAAAUACAAUCAGCCGCAUAACUCGUCAGAAUGGUUUGCAAGUCUGUCCACAUUUCGUGGGACAUGGAAUAGGAUCUUACUUUCAUGGACAUCCAGAAAUUUGGCAUCAUGAGAAUGACAAUGACCUUCCCAUGGAGGAGGGCAUGGCCUUCACCAUAGAGCCAAUCAUCACCGAGGGAUCCCCUGAAUUUAAAGUCCUGGAGGAUGCAUGGACUGUGGUCUCCAUAGACAAUCAAAGGUCCGCCCAGUUCGAGCACACAGUUCUCAUCACACCUCGAGGCGCGAAGAUCCUGACCAAACUGCCCCACGAGGCCUGAGAGGCUGCCCGAAGGUCGCAGAGGUCGGGCUCCGUUUUUCUCAAUUUUUGAAAUACAGCUAGAGAACUUUUAGAAGAAACAGGAGCAGCAGGUUCACGCAGCAUCCCGCCUAACACCUAAUAUCAUUUUGGAAAAAAGGCGAUGGGGACUAGGAGCAUUUGGAACUCAAAUCUGAAAACGUGCCUGGGACCCUGCGGCUUCUGAAAGACCGGUCGGGGUCUGGGGCUCAGCUUCUCCAAGCGGGAAACGCAUCUGGAGAGGAACGCGGACGCAGUCGUUUGGGAGAGGAGAGAUUCUAGAAGCAGUUUUCCCUUUUCCUUGUCCAGAAUUUGCCCCAAUGAAAAACCUCUUAAACUCA